ACUCGUUGGGGUUGGCGGAGGGGGAGGGGGGGGGGGGGGUUGGUGAUUCAGUUUCCAGGGGCUUAGCCUGUUGUCGUCUAAAAUGACGGGGGGUGCGGGCGGUUCUGGAGGCAGCGAUUUCGUUCCAGCGACCGACGUGCAGAUGGAUGAGCUACGCAGGAAGUCAAGAGUGUGGCCUCAUGUGGCGCAGGGUCAGAGGCUGGGGACGUGGCAGAAGAGGCACGGGGACUACAAACUCCGCUGCAAUUAUUGCAAGCAUGUGUGGCAGGGCAAUUUGUUCAAGGCGCAGCGGCACUUCACGCAGCUGAAGAGGUGCGCGGCGGCAACGAUGGACGUGUUUGUGGACAUUUGGAACCAUACAGAGUACAAGUUCGAUGACCGUCAUCACCGCGGUAUCAUGGCGUUCAUGAGGGAGCAUGAUAUCGCGGAUAGACGACCCGUGGACGUCCAUCAGGGCAGUGGCAGGGGCCGGACGGGUGGGACACAGUCACGACCACAGGAGCGUGAUGCUGUGGAGGAGGUGGAGGAGUUCCUUGUCGAGGAGGCGAGGCGAGCAGAGGCUCGGGGCGGUGAGGAGGGUGGAGGGGCAGGCCCGGCACCCGAUAUGCCGGGAGAGGAUGUGGUUAUGACUGCGCGAGGAAAGAUGCCGGUGGAGAGUGGAGUUGAGGGCGUACCACAGGGGCGCAAGAGACAGCGGCAGUCAAGACUGGACGAGGUGUACGAUCCGGAUGCGCAGGCUGGAUUCAGGGACACUUUUUUGCAGUGGGCCUACGAUGCCGGUAUUCCGUUCGCUGCAUUUAGGAGGCAGUCAUGGCUUCGGCACAAGAAGCAGUUGGCCUUCAUGCCUCACGGAGUGCGGCCAGUUUAUCCGUCCUUCAAGGACAUCGGGGGCGCUGGUAUUGAUGAGCAGCGAGGGAAGGUUGCCGCGAUGUUGAUGGAGGUCCGUAGUUUGUUUGAGUCGAUAGGGGCCACCAUUUUGUCGGACGGUAGGCAGUCGCGAGACGCUAGGCCUAUAGUCAACUUCCUCGCAGCCGCCAAGCGCGGUGCCCUCUUAUACGCCACCGUCCAGCGAGACGGUUCAGUGUCCGAGACAGCACAGAUCGUCUUGAGGAGGUGGAAGGCCAUUUUUCGGUCUUUCCCUCCGAAGGACGUGUUGGCCAUUUGCACGAACUCUGCGUCGAACUAUACGUUGGCCACAAAGCUCCUUGCAAAGGACUCUGAUCCGAACAUUCGCCGUAUCACUUGGCUCCCGUGUAAUGCCUUGGAGAGCAUGCUUCAUGACGACGAGUGGGACACGAUCCCAUGGGAGUCGUCGAAGCGUAGACACGCUUUGUGGGUUCGACAGCUCAUCUGCUGCGCCGAUUUCUGGCGCAACGUUCAGCACGCUGUCGCAGUCAUGACCCCUGUCCACCAGCUGCUGAGGAGAUUGGACAGGGGCGGCAUGAUCAUGUCCACGAUGUACUCUUGGUCACAGGAGUUGGUAGGGCAGGUGGCUGUUGCUGACGUCCCUGAUGACAUGCGGGGGCCUUGCGUGGAGGCGGUGCAGAUCCGCACUAUGCAUAUGCUCGAGCCUGUGCACGCUGCGGCGCACCUGCUCAACCCCCGCAGACGCUCUCUCCGUUACUACGAGUCCGCCCGCAGGACAGCUGCGGACCUCAAGGUCGUCACCGAGUGCGACUCGUUUUUGUUGGCGCAGACAGGCGGUGAUCGUGCUGGGGAUGCAUACUUGCGGGUGCGUGAGCAGAUGCGAUCCUUCCACUCCAGGGUCGACCACCACAAAGAGAGGGUGACGAGGGACGCCGAGGCGGAGGCCUGUGUAGGGGACGAGGAGACGAGCAGCGAGCGGAGUGGGGGGUACGUUCUUCCRYGGGGUCACAUGGCGACCYUGGCUGAGGCGYAGCCAGAGGAGUAUACACACCCGGUAGUCGCAGAUGAGGAUGAGGAGGAGGAGCCUGAGCCAGAGGAGUGGGGAGCUAGACCUCAGACAGCAGUGUCGGCACACGAGAUCGCUGCACAGGUUCGUUACUUCCAGCAGCAGGGUGCUCGUCGGCCAGCGGGGGUUGCCGAGGUUUUCGGUGCCAGAGCCGAGAUACUCCAUCUCUACGACUACGUGCCUCCACCGCCAGCAGAGCCAGUGCAGGCGUCGGAGGAGCAGACGGACACGGAGGUCGGAGAGGAUUUACCACCUGGUGUAGAUAAGAGUGCGGAGAGACUCUACUACACAUACGGAGGAGGAGCCGAUGGAUUCCAGCCACGCUGCACAUUCAUUCGCGAGAGCGACGACGAUCCCAUCCCCGCCACCGAUGUAGGGUUGGAUGGUGGACAGCGAGACACGGACGACGCAGACGAUGACGACGACGACGAGCCGUUACUGCUUCGCAGAGCACGGUUGGCGCAGCAGGGAGCCGUGCGGCCCGCGCCUGCCGCCGAGGGUCUCAGGAGAUCGGCGAGGCUGCAGCAGACGCAGGCGGGAUCGACUUCAGGUGGUAGACGCGAGGCGUCAGACCACCUAGACGACAUCAGAGAUGAGGAGCAUUUGCCGAGCCAGCAUACGCCCGCCUUGGCACCUCGAGACGACAGUCCGCAGAGGGAGUUGCGCACGAGUGACUUUCUAGGCCUUGGACCCGGAUUUGCGGGCAGUGGUGUUCGAGGGCGGGCUGAUGGGCGAGAGAGAGUGGGGGAUGAGGCCGAGUACCAUCCUGUGCAGGGUGGUGGUCCAGAGUCCGUGGAGGAGGUCCAUGCUCGGAUGGAUCGAGAGGAGGAGCAGCGGCUAGAGCAGUUGCAGAGAGAGUGGGUGGGCAGAGAUAAGUACAUGGCUAAGCAGCAGCAUGCUAGAGACUUGGAGACGGGUACUGCAGUCCGCGAUGAGAGUGGGGUAGAGCAUAGCGUUCGUACAGUCCCGCACGCGUUUCCAGCCGGCGCAGCGAUACCCGAUACCGCAGUGCCCGAGACGUCACCCCAGGGAGAUGUGGACUCCGGGUCUGCCGCGGGAGGAGAGUUAGGUGCGUCUGAGUAUGGCGAUCUGGCCGUGUCCGACGUCAUAAUUGGGUUGUGUGCGGCGGGCACAUUGCAGCCAGGCGAUGCAGCCACUCAGGAGGCAGUUCCCAUGGAUGACGAUUCAGGCGAGUUUGAUGGACGCCGCAUACCCGAUGCGGAGGGCGAUGAUGGGGCGGGUGAUGCCGACCGUCUUGCACCUGCGCACAGCACCGGUCCAGGUCGAUCGACACACGGGUCGAUUGGGGUUGACGCAUGUGGACCUGUACAGGACGAUGCACAUGUAGACGAUGCUGGAAGCAGUAUGUCGUGGGCGUUGGUGUUGUGUCAUCCUUCACUCGUCGCGCCCGAGGAUGCGUCACAUCCUGCGAAGGGUAGAGGUGGUGUUGAUGAGGAGGGGGAGGGCGGUACGGCAGAUGACCGUACUGACCCAGAUAGAGCAGAUAUGGAGGAGGGGCAGAUUACACCUGGCCUACUUGACCCUGACGAGUUGCACCGUGCGGCAAUGGAGGAUCCGAUUAUCACACGACCUGCAGGAUGUGUCGGUGUCGUAGUUUGCUCGCCUCCGCUGUACACACCUUUGAGCCCUUUGUAUUCCGGCUCUCCUGCGAGCUUGGAGCGCAAGCAGCAACGUUCAGAGUCUAUUAGAGCAGCGGCUUCGGGUGCACGCACGACUCGCAUCCCCUCAGUCACACCUCCUCCACGGACUACGAUCUGCGGCAGUCCGACAACUGUCACGGGCAGGGAGAGAGAGAGAGGCCACAUGUCCUCGUCGUCAUCGCCUCGCCUAGACACACAACAGUCGCUUCACCGUUCGUGGAUCAUAGUGCGACGAGUUGACGACGGUGUGCGGGGUGAUUUCGCGGCGCAUCAGGCACGGUUGAGGGAGGAGCAGAGUCCAGCACCGAGUUUGAGUACUGCUUAUCACAUUCUCCGCAUGCCUAGAUACGGCGCGCGUAGAGGCUUACUUUUAGGUUCACGUAUGGCCGCGCUUGCGUUGUAUACUUCCGGAGAGGACGGUGUGCCGGCGCCUAGUGGAGAGCGAUCUCACACCACCAUUAACGAGAUACAGUCUCGUAUUGCUAGGGACGAGGCGCGAUUGAGAGACUUGAGUGACACAUUGCUCAAGGAGCGCGCGAGGUUGGCGACGGCGCAAUGGAAGUGGUUGGAUGUGGAGGAGAGGUUGAAGAAGGUGGGCGUGGACAGAGAAGCCGAACAGUGCGGGAAGAAGUGGGACAAUUUGAUGCAGCAGUUGAAGAAGGUGCAUCGCUUUCAAUGCUUGUCGGGGAAACAUGACUUCUUCCCAUUGUUCUGGAAGGAGAGGUUGUCGAAGGGCUUGAAUUUCAACAUGGAUCGUGCCAUUUACGACGAGAUUCUGGUGUCGAUCGCCAAGAGCCACACCAUCAACCCGAAGAACGUCGCCGAUAGUGGUGCUCCGGGUGGGGUGCGUCUGCCGUCCACCACUUCUGCGGAUCCUGAUUCUGUGGGGGAUGGGGACGCUGUUGCGGGGCACGAAGACAACGACAACGGGUCGACGAGAGGUUCUUCGCAGACGACGGGUAGCCAUGCCGGUUUCAGCGAGAGGAAGAGCACGAGGCAGCAGACUUUCGAAGCGCUGACGGAAUGCAUGGAGAAGCACGGUGUCGGUGCGAAUACCCUUACAAGGGUAUCCGCCCUGGUUUUUGCAAGUGACAGAAAGUAGUUUGGUUUAAAGUUCAAGUAUACCGCGCCAGGAGCGUCAGCGCCUGUAAUUUACGUUGACUGGUUGAUUGACUAGAGUAAAUAGUGCGUGGGCGC